AUGAUCCUCAUCACACAUGUGGUUCUACCAAAGAAUGUUCAAGAAGAUCCAGAGUUGAAGCUGUUCUUUACAGAGGAGUGGACUAAAGUUCCUCCAAGCUGCCUGUCAGGCCCGUGGACAACGGAACCAGCUCCACAGCCUGUUGAAAAGGACCCUGGUGAGCAGAUUUGCAAAUACACUGCCUCUGAUGUUCUCAAACUGGCUGAGAAGCUGAAGUCUCCAAACGAAGCGCAAGCUGAACCCCAGCAGAUCUGCAUGGUUCAAGAGAGAGAGGUCGCCCGCAAAAUGGAGCAGGAGCGUCGCAGGAGAGAGGCUUUUAAUGUAUUUGUGUGUCUCGUGCGUGCGCAGGAGUCCGGCCUUCGAUUCCACUACGUUGCAGCUGGAGAGCGAGGGAAGCCUCUCAUGCUUUUUCUGCACGGAUUCCCUGAGUUCUGGUUCUCCUGGCGCUACCAGCUGCGGGAGUUUAAGAGUGAGUUCCGUGUGGUGGCUGUCGACAUGCGAGGAUACGGUGAAUCUGACGUGCCGCUCGCCACUGAGAGUUACAACUUCGAUCACCUGGUGACGGAUGUGAAAGAUAUCGUGGAGUACCUCGGGUACAACAGAUGUUGCCUUGUAGGCCAUGACUGGGGUGGGACGAUAGCGUGGCUGUUUGCCAUCCAUUACCCUGAGAUUGUGACAAAGCUCAUUGUCCUGAACUGUCCCCAUCCAUCUGUAUUCACAGAUUAUGCUGUGCGCCACCCGAGCCAGCUGCUGAAGUCCAGCCAUUUUUUUUUCUUCCAGCUGCCCCGCCUCCCAGAGCUCAUGCUUUCCAUCAACGAUUUCAAGGCGCUGAAAGAUUUGUUUACCAGCCGCAGCACAGGGUUUGGAAGAAAAGGCCGGUGGCUGACUGCAGAAGACUUGGAGGCCUAUCUGUAUGCACUCUCACAGCCAGGAGCUCUGACAGGAGCCCUCAACUAUUACAGAAAUGUCUUCAGCUCCUUCCCCCUGAGCCACAGACACGUCCGGUCUCCGGUGCUGUUGCUGUGGGGGGAACGGGACGCGUUCAUGGAGCAGGAAAUGGCCGAAGCCUGCCGCCUGUACAUUAGGAAUCACUUCCGACUCAACAUCAUUUCUGGGGCCAGCCACUGGCUGCAGCAGGACCAGCCCGACAUCGUGAACACCCUCAUAUGGACCUUCCUGAAGGAGGGAGAGGGACGCAAAUGUUACAGGAACUAAAGCAACAACCCUCCCCCUCACUUGCCACUCCUGGAAGCCUUUAAUAUGCCUGUGACACCAAGUGACAUAGUGAUGAUGCAAUCAUACAUUGAAUUUUGUCACAUUUUAGACGUUUUUUUAAGAAGUCAGCAGUAAAGGGGAAGAAUCAAAGCACACCUCACCAGAGAGGACAACGAAGAGUACACAAGACACAUAUGAGAUGUUUUUUGCACACGACAGCGACAUACGCCUUAAAGUUUGUCAUUUACAAAAUUACAAACGUGUGGCAGCACCUUUUUGUGACUCGUAUUGUGUGGUGCCUUUUCACUUUUGAACUGUUGUUGUGUAAAAAUGUCCUGGGAUGUUGCUUUGUCAGCUGUACUCAUGCAUUUCAACUCUGUUUUGGAGCACAGUCCUUUGGGAGUCAGAAAACAUCUGCUCCCUUUAUCAGGUAGUGUCUUUCAAAUCUUUUUUUAUUUGUUUUCAAAGGAAUUUGCUCAAAU